AUGCGUUUCCUUCGCGUCGCAUGCGUGGCUCUCGGCCUUGGCCGGGCCGUCGCCCUGUCCACCGCGGCUCCGGAUGUCGAGCCCCGAGCGGAGUUGCAGUCUCUCGUCGAGAGGGGACUUGCCGAGGAUCUCUGGGACGAGAUUAAAGACGGCGCGUCUUGCGCUGGCUGUGAGGCCAUCAUCAUCCUGCUCAAGGGUCUCGCUCUCUUGGGAGACAAGAUCUUCGUCAAGACUCUGCAAGAAAUCUGCAAGCUGUCCAACGCCGAGGACGACGACGUCUGCGAGGGAGCCAUCGGCCUCGAAGGCCCCAUCAUCGCCCGCUCCAUCCGCAACAUGAAGGUCCCCAGCCAGACCUCCAAGCUCUUCUGCCUCAACUUCCUCGGCGUCUGCGACUUCCCCGCCGUCACGCCCUUCCAAGUCCCUCUGCCUAGCGAGAAGCCCGCCGGCUUGACGAGGCCCGGCCCGAGCGGAAAGGCGCCGAUCAAGAUUGUGCAUUACUCUGAUGUGCACACCGAUCAUUUGUACACGCCUGGAUCGACGGCGAACUGUACGAAGCCCAUCUGCUGCAGGCCUUACACCAAGGACGAUGCUCCAGGUGUUAGCAACUCCCCGGCCGGUCCCAACGGUGACCAUCACUGCGACACGCCUAUCACUCUCGAGCAAAGCAUGUACGCCGCCAUCAACGAGUUUGCGCCCGAUGCCGCCUUCUCCAUCUGCACCGGCGACAUUGUCGACCACACCGUCUGGAACACCUCCAAGGAAUUCAACACCAUUUCCAUCAACGGCGUCUACAGCCGCAUGGCCGCCGCCCUCGGCACCGUCUACGGCGCAGCCGGCAACCACGAAGCCCACCCAACCAACGCUUUUGCUCCGUCGUCCAUCAACUCCGACGCCCAAUGGGUCUACUCCCUCCUUUCCAAUGCCUGGACGCGCUGGAUCGGCGCCGACGCCGCCUCCACGACCCAGCGCCAGGGCCGCUACUCCAUCCUGCACCCGGGCAGCAAGCUCCGCAUCAUCAGCCUCAACACCAACAUGUACUACGUGCAGAACUACUGGCUGUACCAGCGUGACAUGGAGCGGGACCCAGAGUCGCAGAUCGCCUGGUUCGCCUCGGAGCUCGACGCCGCCGAGCGCAACAAGGAACGCGUGUAUGUUAUUGGUCACAUGCCCCUUGGUGAUCGCGACGCCUUCCAUGAUCAGAGUAACUACAUCGAUCAGCUUGUCGCGCGGUACUCUGAUACCAUCGCCGCCAUGUUCUUCGGGCACACCCACGUCGACGAAUUCCAAGUCUCCUACGCCGCCUACGGCAACGGCGCCUCCCGCAAUGUCAACGACGCCCGCGCCAUCUCUUACAUCGCGCCCUCUCUCACCCCCACCAGCGGCAUGCCCUCCUUCAGGGUCUACUCCGUCGACCCGGACACCUUCGCCGUCCUCGACGCAGUGACCUACAUCGCCGACAUGUCCAAGCCCGAGUUCCAGACCUCCACGCCCAAGUGGCAGAAAUACUACUCGGCCAAGGAAACUUACGGUCCCCUCGUCAACCCCCCCGUCACCGAUCCCGCGGAGGAACUCACCCCUGCCUUCUGGCACCGCCUCACCGAGACCUUCGCGGCUAACCAGUCCGCCUUUGACGGCUACGUCCUCCGCAAGUCCCGCGGCUGGAAGGCCGACGACUCGUCUUGCGCCGGUGCCUGCCGCGACAACGAGGUCUGCUACAUGAGGGGCGGUCGUGCGGAGAAUAACUGCUACGAUCCCGAGCCUGGCGUGCAUUUCAGUAAGAGGGCGCUGAACCCCGUCGAGGAGAGGGAUGACUGCGGUAUCUCUGUGUCGAGGGCCACUAUUGGUUCUUUGGCUGUUAGGAGGGAUUCGCUCCGCUUGUUGAAGAAGAGGGCUUUGGAGAACAAUGCUCCCUUGAUGCUUUAA